UACACUUUGUGACACUCGUUGACCUGCACUUUCCUUUCCUUUGUGCGUCUGAAGUUGGCUGAGCGCCACACCGCGCGCCACUCUUCAGCAGCGCCGCGCCUCCCGCAGCUCAUUCUCCCUCCAGCUGAGGACCGAGCAGCACACUCCUCUUGACUGACUGGAAACACCAGCACCUACCUCCUCCACUCACUCGGAAUAUGAAUACUUCUGUACUCGGGCUUCUUUCCCUCUGUUCUUUGGUUCUCCUUGGUGUGUCUCAAGGCGCGCCGACAGAGGAGCGCACGCAGACGAGUAGUCUCAUUGUGGGAAAGCUCUUUCCCACCCGCUCUCCCAGUACAGGGCACAGCACCUCCCAGAGAAGCGAGGACAUCUACAGCUACGAAGAAGAAGACCAGUCUGGGGAUUAUGAAGUGGACUAUCCCAGAGUUGCAUUUUCCACCAAGCCUAAGGACUCCUCUGCGAUUCCCAUCCCACCGAACAGAAGAAGAGGCAAGAAGAAGAAGAACCCCUGUUUGAGGAAAAAGUACAGAGAUUAUUGCGUUCAUGGAGUCUGUCAGUACUUGGAGACACUAAAUCACACAGCAUGCAUAUGUGAGACAGACUACUCGGGCGAGAGGUGUCACAUAUUCACUCUGCCUGUUGGUGCAGAAGUGAAAGGCUACAAUCAGACUGCAGCUUUGGCUGCAAUAGCAGUGGUCCUGUCUUUGAUGUGCCUCACAUUCAUUGGCAUUUUGCUGGCUUUCAGGUGUCAUAAAAAAGGUGAAAUAGAGACAGAAAGUGAGGAGAAGAUCAAACUUGAGGCAGCGAGUGUACAAUAGUGCUGAUGAAGAAGGGUGAUCAUACUGAUGGCAAGACAGAUGGAGAGAACUGGUCAGUGGUAACAGAGCACUUUUGGACAUGCGGAGAACAGUUGGUUUGUUUCUGUUUCUUCCACUGUUAAUUAAUGUGGCUCAGUCCAUCAGAUAUUAAAGCUGGAACUGUAAUUAUUUUAUAAAUAAAUAAUAACUGCGGUGAUAAUGGUAAUUCGCUAAAUACAGCAGUAAUCAUCAAAUGACUGUAGUAUGACCGUAAUGCGGUAACAGUCACAGCCCUAGUUGCUCCCAAAUUCUCAAUUCUUGGAGCACACUCCUCCCCAGAGAGGUAUGGUGAGAUGCCUCACUCCUGAUAAAUCAACCUGUGUGUAAUACAAAUGAAGAAAGUCAAUGAAUGUAGCUUUGUGUUUGUGUUGUAUGUAUUGUUUCCCUUCUAUUUAUUUUUAUAACUUAAAACGUUUUUUAUUUAUCUAUUUAUUUAGUUAAAUAAUCAUUGUGUGUAAGUACUAAGUGCACUGCCGGUCUAUGUAGUAGUUUGUAAAUGGACAGUGAUCUAAUUCUUUUUCUGUUCUUUUGGCUUUGUGAUUCAACAUUUAAGAGUUUUCAGAGUCACAAAGCAUAACUGCUACUGCUCAUUCUGAAAUGUUAAGAAAUAUUUAUUGUAUUUGUAAUUCCAGCACACAACAGAAGUAAACAAAAGAACUUUCACUGUCCAAAUACUUACACUACUGUAUUUGUUUUACUGUAUUUAUUUGUAAUUUUUUUUACAUUUGUCUAAUUUAUCUUGUGAAUACUGUGAAAAAAUAAAAUGUGUGUUCUUUUUA